UUCAUGUAGGCCUUAACUAUGUUUUCCAGCUGUGUCUAGAACUGAUCUCGUCUUAAUUCUAAGUUCUUAGUUGUGAGUUAUAGUCUAGAAUCCAAGCAGAACCGGCUAUAUAGAAGAAAAAAUAAACAGAUCAAGUCAAGAAGCAGCAGAAAAAAUCGUGCUUUUGAAGCAAAAUCUGGAGGGAAUUUCGUCUUCAAAAUGACAGCUUUGUCCUCGUCUUGGUUUCCCCAGCUGCUGCUGCUGCUGGCAACCGCACGCAGUGGCGCCCCAGCCUCCAUCCUGGACGUGUUCGGCUCGUCGGUGAGCAGCCUCGUGACGACGCAGGAGGAGGCGCCGCACACCAUCGUCCGACGAGGGCCGGGGUACGAGGUACGCAAGUACCCCUCCCAGUGGUGGGUGUGCCGCCGCCACGCUGGGUCGCUCAGCGCCACCGCUCAGCAGGCGGCCUUUCUGGCGCUCUUCGACUACCUGGCGGGGCACAACAACCAGAGCCUGGUGAUGGACAUGGCGGUUCCUGCUUCCGUUGAGGCUCCCGGGAUGGUGGACCAGGCCAAUGAGAUGAACGAGGCCAACGAGGCUGAAGAUUUAAAUGAGAUUGACGAGGUUAAUGAGGUGGACGCCCCUGAGAGGGAAGCCCCGGCGGAGGGGGAGAUGACAACUUUCGAGGCCUGCUUCUACCCCGGCAAGCGCCAGCAAGCCAAUCCUCCCCAGCCCUCCAACCCUCGCCUCUACCUCAAACUCCGGCCCAAGAUGGUGGUCUAUACCAGGCAGUUCGGGGGGUACGCGGACACGGAGGAGGAAUGGCGGGCCGAGACCCGAGCCCUGAGCGCCUUCCUGAGAGAUGCGGGCCAACUGGUGGACAAGCAGCGGGUCUACUGGAACGCCUACGACUCCCCCAUCAAGUUCUGGGCGCGCCGUAACGAGGUGUGGCUCCCCGCCAGGGAUUGACGGGCGGCCGAGGGGCCCCAGCUCUCCCAUGGGGGGGAGGGGAGCUCCUCGCUGGCAGCCGCAGCUACCAGCAGCAGCGGCACCAGCUUGCACCACCUGAACCAGAGCUGGCACCACACGUGCCAUCUGUUGCUGCUCACCACACUCAUCACCCUACGCUGCACCACCAGAUGAUGACAGCCCAUCUAGUCCAUCUAGGGCUCACUGAACUCCUCUGAUCUCUUUUGACCCCUUGUAAUCUCAUUUGAACCUCUGCAGGCUCCUCUGAUCUCCUGUAAUCAGCUCUAAUGUUCUUUUAAACCCAUCUGAACACCAUCUGUGCCCAUCAGAACAUUCUGAACCUAUAAGUGCCUCUUUGAACCCCAUUGAGCCUUACACGACCAGUGGGUUCAUCUCUUUCCCUCUCCUACUAAUUAUGUAUACAGUCGACGGCCAGCGUGACAGUUGGUGGCCAGUGUGACAGUUUGCGGCCAGCGUGACAGUUGGCGCCCAUGGGCCUUAUCCAAUGCCGCAUUAGGCCUUAGUCUUCAGAAAGUGAUGAGGAACGAUAAGAGUGUGAUAAGGGGUUGAUAAGACAACGAUAAGGGUUGAUAAGACAACAAUAAGGGGUUGAUAAGACAGCGAUAAGGGGGUGAUAAGACAGCGAUGAGCGGUUUAUAAGAUAGUGAUAAGGGGUUGAUAAGACAGCGAUAAGGGGUUGAUAUGACAGCGGUAAGGGGGUGAUAAGACAGCGAUAAGCGGUUUAUAAGAUAAUGUUAUGGGGUUGAUAAGACAGCGAUAAGGGGUUGAUAAGACAGCGAUAAGGGGGUGAUCUGACAGCGAUCAGGGGUUGACAUGACAGCGAUAAGGGGUUGAUAGGACAGCGAUAAGGGGUUGAUAAAGCAGCGAUAAGGGGUUGAUAAAACAGCGAUUAGGGGGGUGAUAAGACAGCGAUAAGCGGUUUAUAAGACAGUGAUAAGGGGUUGAUAAGACAACGAUAAGGGGUUGAUAUGACAGCGAUAAGGGGUUGAUAAGACAGCGAUAAGGGGUUGAUAAGACAGCGAUAAGGGGGUGAUCUGACAGCGAUAAGGGGUUGACAUGACAGCGAUAAGGGGUUGAUAGGACAGCGAUAAGGGGUUGAUAAGGCAGCGAUAAGGGGUUGAUAAAACAGCGAUUAGGGGGGUGAUAAGACAGCGAUAAGCGGUUUAUAAGACAGUGAUAAGGGGUUGAUAAGACAACGAUAAGGGGUUGAUAUGACAGCGAUAAGGGGUUGAUAUGACAGCGGUAAGGGGUUGAUAAGACAGUGAUAAGGGGUUGA